AUGCCAAAUUUUCUGCUCUCAACACAUAAGAAAAAUUGGAUUUUAUCAAAAGAGCAGCUUGAAUCCUUAUACCAAGAAAAGCACUCAUCGCUUGUUUCUCAAUUAACUUCAAAGGGAGUCCCCAACGAAAUAUUAAAUUUUCUUCUUACAAGAGAAGAAGAGGAAACCUUACUACUUGGCUUAUGCAGAAACUUACUUAUGUGUUGUAAGCAUAUAAACCUUCAUUUAAAAGCUCAGACUACUGCUAUUUCUUAUUUUCGGCGAUUUUUCUUACGAAAUCCUGUAUGUUUAAAUGAUCCCGGUAACUUGAUGUUCACAGCUCUUUACGUCGCAUGUAAAACUGAAGAAAUCAACGUCAGAGACGCGAGCUCAUUUUGCUCAAAUUUUCAAGGAAGCAACCCUCAAAAAAUUUUGCAAAGCGAAAUUGUCCUGAUUUCUGGAAUAAAUUUUCAAUUAUAUGUGUAUACACCUUAUAAACCUUUAAAAGCCCUUAUUGAAUUUUUGAAAAAUAAAGGAUUUGGGGAUGCUGAUCUAGAUGAAAUAGAAAAAAAAGCAAAAGAAUUCAUUGAAAUUGCUCAUUUUGGGGAUACAUUUUUUACAUACUCGCCGGCUGCUUUAGCUAUUGCAGGGAUUUAUGCUGCGAUUUUUGAGAGAAUGGAUAGAGAUGAUUUGAUUGAUGAAAUUGCAGCGAUGGGAAAUAAUUCGGGAAAUGUUAGACAAGCUAUUUCAGAUAUAACAAGAGAAGUUGAGAGCAUUACACAAAAAUUGAAGAUGAUAGAUAAUGCUUUUAAAGGGUUGCUGAAAAAAGCUGGGGCUAUUAAACAUAAAAUAGGAAAAAUAUUAUCGAUGAGUGCCAAGCCUAAUUUUAGAUGGUAUAGGAGUCCCCACUUCUCGCUAGAGACAUUCUGUGCGGCGUUAGUAUCCUGGCAGCACAGCGAAUUGGGUGGCUUCUACCUCUGGUAACUCCAAGCCCAGGCCGAAACCCAUGGUUUCUUGGUAGUUUUAUUGUAAUGCUUGGUUAAAAAACCUUUGGGUACCAUCAUUUCCAAAUAGGUCCCUUCGACAUCCUAGUUACUCCGCCCUGUCUAUCAACCUUGCUGGUAUCGCUCCUCUUUAGAGCCCUUGAACCUAAGUGACUGCUUUUUUCUCUAUCCUGCCUCCUUUUUCUCAGAUCAUCCCUGAAGAAAAGAUCAACCGCUUCCGCGAUUUGGGGUGGAUCACUGUAGCAGCUUUAGCAGGUAAUUCACCCAUCUCCAUUUCAGGCACCCGCUGGCUUUGGUGCUGCUGACAAAAAAGAAGUCGUAAGUAACUGCCAAUUGGAUCAGGCGAAAAACAAGCGGAUUUGUGCUUAAGUCCCUCGCUGCAGGACAUCAGAUGUUGUGGACCAACUCCUGAUUCAAAAACCAUGCCCUGAUAUACAUUUAUCGUCACGCGAAAUGACAGGUCAGAAGCCAUCGGCAUUUUAUGUAUAUGCCAAGCCUAAAGAAAAUGCUUAA